UCGCUUUCCGACAGAAAAUGGCGACUUACUCAUGAGGACGUGAAGUACUCGGCAAUGACAUUUAAGUCAUUCUAUUACUAGGCUCCGUUUCUUUCUUAUAUAGAGUUUAAUGUUUGUACCGUCUUGGGAGGAGACAUUAUAGAAAGGCGAUGAGUGUAUCUGUGAUCCAAGAGAAGGUUUCUCGACAGUUGAGCAGACAGAGUGGAAAACCCGCGCUGAGACCCAUCAAACCUCUGGCGCUGAAUAAUGAAGUCGCCAGCCGCAAACUCAGGAAAGGAGAGGCCACAUGUGUAACGGAAAUGUCAUUGCUGAUGGCUUGCUGGAAACAGAAUGACUUCAACAACACAGUCUGCUCUAAAGAAGUCUCAGUCUUCUAUACAUGUGUUGAAAAGGCGCAGAACAAGGCUAAAGCAAAGCAGGGAACCCAGGGUCGACUUUUGCCUAAAGAAGCCAACACCUUAUUAAAACGAUUUCCCAACCAGAGCAGUGAGAUCUAGGACCAGUAACACAGAUUGGUCAAAGAAUGGACACUUUUAUUGUCUGAGCUGUAUAGAUGGGGACUUUAGUCUGAGUGUAUGACUGAGCCGGGCAUUUGAUGAGAACGAGGUGUGGAAUGUUUUUCUAAAAAAACAACACGCAAUGAAGUCUGCCAAAAGCACAUCAGCGGAUGCUCACAAAAGCAAAUUAACUGCAUUUGCAAGGCUUUGAAGGCACUUUUGUGAUUAUUACAUUACUGCACUCUUGUAGGUCAUCGCAUCAAAACAGUACAAGGGAACAAACACUGGUCCCUUAAAGGGAUAGUUCACCCAAAAAAUAAAAUAUCACCCUUUCCUCAUCUUCAUGUCUUCUUUUGUGUUCAGCAGAUGAAAGAAAGUCAUACAGGUUUGUAAUGAUGUGAGGGUGAAUAAAUGAUGAUAGACUUUUCA